CGUUCGGUAUUCGGAUCGCAUUGCAUUGCAUGCGUUCUUGCUUUAGAGGUUGUGUUUUUUUAUUUUUUAUUUUUUUAAUUCUGAUUAACAGUCAAUGGAUUCAUCAUCGAUUGAGUUUCGGUGGUGUGUGUAGUUAAUGGACUUGAAUUUCAAUGUGAGCGGUGUAGGAUACUCUAAAUUGUGAAUAAGUGAUGCGGUUGAAAAUGGAGGCAUAGUCACAACAUGCAUACAUUUUUAUGACCAAAGGCUUAGCAAUAGUAGCAUGUUGCUGGUGUUGUAAAAUUUUUUUAUGUAUUUUUAAUGUGAAAUACUAAUGCAACGUGUAGAGCCUAAUAUAUAAAUUUAUAGUCCCAUGUUUGAUAUAAUUCUUACUAGUGAUGGUUCUGGUUGUAAUUGGAGAUGGAUUCUUCUUACAAAGAUAGGCCAACUUGAGGUAAUUAGUUUAACAGAUCCAUGUUGUAACGAAGGAUGAUGAUGAUGUUAUGUUGGCUUUCAUAAGUUAGAUAAUGGUAAUGAAUCAUGAUAGAGUUAAAAGUACUCGGAAACAAGAGUGAUUAGAACGAUGAUUUGUUUGAGGUAUAUGUCUCCUAUAUUACAGUUUUUAGCAGAGAAGAACAACGGGACUCAACCUUCAAUAUGGUGCCCACUUGAGAUAAGAACACAACAUAAAAGUGGUUGCCUGGAGUGCCAGUACCUAUGGAUCUAGCUUUCUGUAAAACAUAUGUCUAUAAUAGUUGCUGAUCCGUUUGGAAGCUUACACUCAUUCUGAUUUCUAUUUUAUACAUACUGGGCCUAGGUGGUGAUGCAAUCUGUUGUGAUGCAUAGGUGCCUCUGGUGCUGUCUUCUGUUUGGGUAUCUUCAUAUAUGUUGCCUUUCUUUUGAUCCAGGACAGAGUUUGAAUAGGAGUACUGGUUUAGAGGAGGAUUGGUUGGGUUAUUCUGGGUCACUUCUAAGAUAUAAAUCUCAACUCAGUGGUUCUGCAUUUGCUGAAACAUCAACUUCUUCAUUCUCAUUGAUUGAAUCAGUUUCUUGUGAGGACCUAGAAGGUGUAGGAUCUUUUGAUACCACAUGCUUGCUAAGCUCAACUCAUACUUUGAAUCAUGAUAUUAACAUAUUUGGUGUUGGAAAUUUGGAGAUACUUUCUCAUGUUUCACUUUUAUGUCCCGUAGAAGGGUGUACAAUAACAGUCAAUGUGUCAGGCAGCAUUAAACUUGGUCAAAAUGCUUCUAUUAUUGCUGGUUCUGUUGUUUUAUCUGCAGCCAAUUUAACAAUGGAACGCAAUUCUUGUAUAAACUCAUCAUCUUUGGGUGGGUCACCACCUGCUCAAACCAGUGGCACACCUGUUGGCUAUGAUGGAGGUGGUGGGGGACAUGGUGGGCGUGGUGCAUCUUGUUUAAAAAAUAAUAACACAAACUGGGGCGGUGAUGUUUAUGGUUGGUCUACAAUAUCUGAUCCAUGGAGUUAUGGGAGUAAGGGUGGUGGAAAAUCUACUCAAAAACCAUAUGGAGGGAAUGGUGGGGGGCGUGUUAAGCUUCUAGUGAAGGACACUUUAUAUCUAAAUGGGUCUGUCACUGUAGAAGGUGGUGAUGGAGGGUCUGAUGGGGGAGGUGGCUCUGGUGGAAGCAUAGUAUUGCAUGCUGUAAAGCUGAAGGGAUAUGGUAUCAUCAGUGCUGCUGGUGGGACAGGAUGGGGUGGAGGCGGUGGAGGAAGAGUAUCACUUGAUUGUUACAGCAUACAAGAAGAUUUAAUAAUUACUGUUCAUGGAGGUUUGAGUAUUGGCUGUCCUGGGAAUUCUGGAGCUGCGGGCACAUAUUUCAAUGCGAAUUUACGAAGUUUGAGAGUUGGCAAUGAUAAUAUCACAACAGAGACUGAAACCCCAUUGCUUGACUUCUCAACCACUCCUUCUUUAUGGUCAAAUGUUUAUGUGGAAAAUAAAGGAAAAGUUUUGGUUCCACUUGUUUGGUCCAGAGCUCAGGUUAGCGGCCAAAUAAGUGUUUAUUAUGGAGCAAGCUUAACCUUUGGGUUAUCUGAUUAUCCAAUUUCUGAAUUUGAGCUUGUUGCAGAAGAGCUUUUAUUAAGUGAUUCUAUCAUAAAGGUUUUUGGAGCAUUUAGAGUUGCUGUUAAGAUGUUACUCAUGUGGAAUUCCUCAAUCCAAAUUGAUGGUGGUGAAAGUACUGUUGUGACUGCUUCGGUAUUUGAAGUCAGAAACCUGGCUGUUUUAAGGCAAAACUCUGUCAUUAGUUCGAAUACAAAUUUGGGUUUAUAUGGUCAAGGACUGCUGCAGUUGACUGGGGACGGCGAUACAAUUAAAGGCCAGCGGAUAUCCUUGUCUCUCUUCUAUAAUGUAACUGUUGGCCCAGGUUCUUUACUUCAAGCCCCUUUGGAUGAUGAUGCUAGUAGAGGCACGGUGACAAAGCAUCUUUGCGACACACAGAGAUGCCCAAUAGAUUUGAUAACUCCACCUGAUGAUUGUCAUGUCAAUUAUACACUAUCCUUCUCUCUUCAAAUUUGUCGUGUUGAGGAUCUUCUUGUAAAUGGCAUUAUGAAAGGAAGCAUAGUUCACAUUCACAGGGCAAGAACUGUGAUUGUUGGCACUGAUGGUGUGAUUACUGCAUCAGAAUUAGGUUGCACUGAAGGUAUUGGAAAGGGAAACUUUUUGAAUGGAGCUGGUGGUGGUGCUGGACAUGGUGGAAGAGGAGGGUCUGGAUAUUUCAAUGGGAGAGUGAGCAUUGGUGGUGAUGAGUAUGGAAAUGCUAUUUUUCCGUGUGAAUUGGGUAGUGGAACUCAGGGCCCUAAUGGGUCAUAUGGACAUGUUGGAGGUGGAAUGAUUGUGAUUGGAUCUAUUCAGUGGCCACUUUUGAGGCUUGACCUAUAUGGGUCCUUGAGAGCUGAUGGCCAAAGCUUUAACAAGGCAAUAACAAGCAGUGAUGGUUCUUUGGUUGGUGGUCUUGGUGGAGGUUCUGGUGGAACAGUACUUCUUUUCCUUCAGGAACUCAAACUUUUGGAGAAUUCAUCCUUAUCUGUUGUUGGGGGUAAUGGUGGCUCCCUUGGUGGCGGCGGUGGAGGUGGAGGGAGAAUUCAUUUCCAUUGGUCAAGAAUUGGUACAGCGGAAGAGUAUGUUCCUGUUGCAAGUGUUAGUGGCACCAUGAACAACAGUGGAGGUGCUGGGAAUGAAGGUGGCCAUUAUGGACAGGAGGGUACAGUAACUGGGAAAGCAUGUCCUAAAGGCCUUUAUGGCAUUUUUUGUGAGAUGGUUCUGAUGAAUUUCUUUGCACUCCCUGUCCUCUUGAUCUUCUCCCAAAUCGUGCAAAUUACAUAUAUGUACGAGGGGGAGUCACUCAGAAAGAUUGUCCCUAUAGAUGUAUAUCAGACAAGUACAGAAUGCCGAAUUGCUACACACCUCUAGAGGAACUUAUUUAUACUUUUGGGGGUCCCUGGCCAUUUUCAAUAAUGUUAUCAUUGGUUUUGUUGCUGCUGGCUCUGCUACUAAGCACCUUAAGAAUCAAGUUGAUUGGUUCUGGUUCAUAUCCUAGUUCAAGUUCAAUAGACCAUAAUCAUCACCGUUUUCCGUAUCUUCUUUCUCUUUCUGAGGUGCGUGGUGCUAGAGCUGAAGAGACUCAAAGUCAUGUGCACAGAAUGUACUUCAUGGGUCCUAAUACUUUCAGAGAACCUUGGCAUCUUCCUUAUUCACCUCCCCAUGCUAUAAUUGAAAUUGUGUAUGAAGAUGCAUUUAAUAGAUUUAUUGAUGAGAUCAACUCUGUUGCUGCAUAUGAUUGGUGGGAGGGAUCAGUGCACAGCAUACUUUCAGUUAUUGCAUAUCCUUGUGCUUGGUCCUGGAAACAUUGGCGGCGAAGAGUAAAAAUUAGUCGCCUUCAGGAAUAUGUGAAAUCUGAAUAUGAUCAUGCAUGCCUACGCUCCUGUCGAUCACGAGCUUUGUACAAAGGGAUGAAGGUUGGGGGAACACCAGAUUUAAUGGUUGCAUACAUUGAUUUUUUCCUUGGUGGUGAUGAGAAGCGAUUAGAUAUUGUAUCAAUUAUACAAAAGAGAUUUCCCAUGUGCAUAAUUUUUGGUGGGGAUGGAAGCUACAUGGCACCUUAUAAUCUUCACAACGAUACACUAUUGACCAACCUCCUUGGCCAGCAUGUCCCGGCAACUGUUUGGAAUCGCUUGGUAGCUGGCCUGAAUGCUCAGUUACGGACAGUGAGGCAAGGGUCAAUUCGUACCGCACUAGGUCCUGUUAUUGAUUGGAUAAAUAGCCAUGCAAACCCCCAACUUGAGUUCCAUGGAGUUAAAAUUGAGCUAGGAUGGUUCCAAGCAACUGCUUCUGGUUACUAUCAGCUGGGUAUUGUUGUCGCAAUAGGUGAUUAUUCCCUACAUGAUUUGCACCAGUCUGAUACCUGGGUUGGUUCUGAUGAAGCUAUAAGGAAAAAUGUGGCUCAUGGAAAGAAUCUGAUGCAACUGCAGCAUAGUUGGCCCUACAUCAGCAAUUCAUUAUCUCUUAAAAGGAUAACUGGAGGAAUUAAUGGGGGCCUAAUAAAUGAUGCUACCUUGAGAUCAUUAGACUUCAAAAGGGACUUCCUAUUUCCACUUUCUUUGCUGUUGUGCAACACUAGACCUGUUGGUCGUCAGGACACUGUGCAGCUGCUGAUCUCUUUGAUGCUUUUAGCAGAUCUUUCUGUCACUCUCCUCAUGUUGCUUCAGUUCUACUGGAUUUCUCUUGCAGCUUUUCUUUCUGUUUUGCUAAUCCUUCCAUUGUCUCUACUUUCUCCAUUCCCUGCUGGUUUGAAUGCUUUAUUCAGCAAGGAACCUAGAAGAGCUUCACUUUCUAGAGUAUAUGCACUAUGGAAUGCCACUUCUCUGUCCAAUAUUGGAGUUGCUUUUGUUUGUUGCCUUGUUCAUUAUGCAUUCUCUCACUUCCAGCACCCUGAUGAGGCAAAUACACGGAAUACUAAGAGGGAAGAUGAUAAAUGCUGGCUUUUGCCGGUCAUCCUUUUUCUGUUCAAGUCAAUACAAGCUCGCUUUGUCAAUUGGCACAUAGCAAAUACAGAAAUCCAAGAUUUUUCUCUCUUUUGUCCGGAUCCAGAUGCUUUCUGGGCUCAUGAACCUGGUUUAUGAUAGCAAAUAGGAGGAAAGAAGCAUUAGAAUGUGAACAUGGAUGUUAAGCUUUUUGACAAACCCAUUGGUUCAGAAGGAGGCUUUGUUUCGUUGUGGUUCUGAGCCGUGCUGUGUAAAUACAUUCAGAGAUAUGUACAGGAGAAUCAAUCAAGUACAGUUCUGUAGCUUUGCUUCAUUGUAAAAAACCACAGAGUACAACAAAGGCACGUAGGAUUCCUCACAUUGGCUGCUUUUUCCGAGGUUAAUACUGAAGAUCUCAGUUUUUUCAUUGUAAAUUUCGGUUGUUUUCAUUUUUUAUUUCUUUUCUUCCUGCAAAUUUUGCCAUUAAAUGCCAUAGAAGCAUAUAAAGUGGUUCUCUUUCUCAUACCCCAGGGGAGAAACUCUAACCUUUCUUUUGUCUACCAUUUUUGUCGUUCUUUACCUUUUUUUUUUUAAAACCAGUUUUUCUUCCCAUUUCCUGGUGUUUUAUACGGAAUAGUAUAGUAUGAAAGAUCACAGUGAUUGGAUA